AAUACGUUACUAUAUAUCCCCAAUUGUAUGUCCUUAUUCCUUAAACAAUUGAAUAAUCUGGUGUUUUAUGAACAAGGCAACUUACCAGGAAUGUUUUGCAGGUCUGGGCCUGGAAGAUUGACACAUCUCAAUGAAAUAAAUGUUCAUGGAGAAGCCAACGAUCCAAGACGCUGGCAGUUGUAAACCCUUAACCACCUUUGUGCAAACAGACACAGUUGCUUUCCGAGAGGUCGUACAGCGAUUAACAGGACCAUCAGAGGGUGAUGCAGCGCAAGGGGCAGCGACAAAAGCUACUGGCAUUAAGAGACAAACCUCCAAACUCCAUGAAAGAAGGCAAUAUAUGAGGCCAAAGCUUGAGAUAGUCAAACCCUCUGUCAAUUUUAAGCCUCUCAGUUCUCCAAGCAGAUCAGGGAAUGCUGGUUUCCUCCCAAGUCCUGUAGGCACCCCAUCCACAAUUUUCUCAAAACUGUCCAUACAAGAAGAGGAAAACAAAAUCGCGUCAGCAGUUGCAGAUUUAAAUGGUGAGGAAGAAGAUAAAGCCAUCAAAGAGAGGCAAUUUUAUUUGCAUCCAUCACCUCGAUCUAGACCAGGAUACACUGAACCCGAGUUACUUCCCUUGUUUCCAUUAACAUCUCCCCAAACAAGUGAAAAACGAUGAAUUUCACUCUAUGUAUUUCUCCCACAAUGAUUUUUUUUGACACUGAGACAGUAUUGCAAAACAUCAAUUUGCUUCUCCAAUUACCAUUUACUCUACAUUGCCUUGUUCUUUAUUUUUUCCCCCCAACAGUCAUUUAUAUAGGAAAAUAGCUUCCCUGACAUGAUAAGACAUGAUAAGGUGCUAAUGCAAAUGUGAAGAAAGAAUACAACCAUACAAGGAUGAUUCACUGUACUUAAAGAUCAAGCAAAUGCAGAAUACUUGGGAGAAACAAGCAUAUGUAGUAACGAAAUAUUCAAUUCCGCACUUCAAAAACAAUAGAGAUGCAAAUUCAUAAUAGCAAAUAUACGCAUAGUAUGAAACCUUGAAUCUGCAAUUGAAACGUGAAUGUCUGAAUCUUGAGUAUCAAUCAAAAGAAAAUUAGUCAUAGAAGCUGACAUCAUAUCCAACUACCAGAAUUCAGAAAAAAAAAAAAAA